AUGAAUGAUUUAGAAGACAACGAAGAGCCCAAUCACGAACAGACAGAGCCAUCAAAUCGUCAAGAAUUCUUCAGCCGUAUUAAACAAUUCAAUGACUUUCUCACAUGGGCAUUCGAACGUCCCUUUACACUCGUAAAUACAACGAUUAACAACGUGCAAAGUUACAUUGCCAAUAGUACAGUCAGCUGUGGUAUAUGUAUGUGUACAACGAUCACUGUGACGCUUUCGGUAACAAGUAUUGCUGUCGGUGUCGGUGUUGGCGUCGGUGUUGGUUGUUCCCAAUGA